AUGCGCCGUGCCGUAGGGCUUCUACGUCAGGAGGAUUCACCGGGCAUACUCUCAAUGCGGUGUUUCAUCUUCCUGCACCGCUGGCGUGCAUCCGGCUGGAGGUAUAAAUACAGGUCAGCGAGAUCCCUUUACUCCCCAUCACCAACGAUCUUCCGCAACUUCACCUCGACCAAAGCCUCUUCCAACCCUUUCAAGACUUUGGCCAACAUGACGCCUGCACCGCCCUCGCUGGAGGUUGUCGAUCCCUCUGCGGCGGAUGACGCCACCGGCGCUGUGCUCGCUCUCGUCAACGGUGACCAGAACGGUAACUGGUGGCUCGAGGAGAUCCACCAGAACUACACCGGCGAAUUCUCUGGCUGGUCGCUCAACGGCGGCGCUCUCACGCCGAUUGCUAGCUCGACCAACAGUGGCACGACGCCCUACUGCGCCGUGAGAGAUGCGGACGGCCAUGCCACACUCGCGGUCAACGGCGUCUCGAACUCGUUCGCCGUGUGCCAGAGCGGCAACACGAAUGUCCUGGUGUACAGCGCCUCGGCCGACAACAACGGCGCAUACACCUUCGACAGCUGCACCGUGCAGAACGUGCACCUCGUCCAAGCCUAGCGUGGCCUCGAGGUCUUCGUGGACUUUCGGAUCCACCAUUUAGUAAUUUACUCCAUCCUCGCGUACGCUCUGAUUGUCGUGUUUGCUGUGUAUGCAGUGUCGCUCCUUACCCACAAUCCUAGUCAUUGUCGCAUUGCUCUGAUACCUUACAGGUUAUGCUGUGCGUUGAGUCAUGAGUCUGAGCCUCUAAGCCGACAAUAGACCUACUCCUUGUCACUCCUUGAGAUGUUGGGG